UUGUCAAAGGCCACUGGUCGCAUAUUACAUCACAGUCGAGCCCACAGACGCACACGCAGAUGACGCCGGGACAACUUGCCUCCUACAUCUACACAUCUCUCUAAACUCUUUUUUUUGCACAAUUCCUAUGAUCAGAAGCCACGAUGUUGCCUUUCAAGAGAACUUUUGAGAGCGAAAAACAGCAACUGCAGCAGCUCAACAGCAGACUCGUCCAGUAUCUGUCCCGGACGAAGCAACUGGAGCAGGAAAAUGCGCAUCUGAUCACCGAAAUCAACAAGCUGAGACAGGCGAGGACGGCGGAGCGGGAGCCGAAGUACAAGAGCGAGAUGCGGGACCUGAGGAGAAUGGUGGGGCAGCUGUCGUUCGAGAAGUCCCAGGCCGAGGUGGAGAGGGAGAAGCUAUGGCGGGAGCUGCAGAUGGUCCAGUCGCUGUGCAAAGAGCAGACCGGGGUGUGCAUGGACAUCAGCGGCGAGCUGAAGGGCUGCGAGAAGGAGCUCCAGCACGCUCACAAGACCAACACCGAACUCCAGCAGCGCUUGAUCCAGCUGGAGAACGAGUAUCAGUGCAUGGAGACCGCGCACAGGCAGCAGAUGGACCUCCUCCGGCGCCAGGUGGAGUCCCGGGUGGUGCCCAUCAUCACGCAAACUUAUCGCGGGCCUCCGGCGGCCUCCGUGGAGGAGGUGCAGGAGUACGCCCGGGGUGUGUCCGAAGGGUGGAUGGAGACCUUUGAGAUGUACCAGCAGAAGGUGGAGGAGAUGGAGCAGUCGAUCAGGGCGGACCAGGCGAUGCUGAGCGACCUGCAGAGGGAGAAGGUGCUGUACGCCUCGGAGCUGGAUAAAUUACGCGCGGAGGCGGAAAACCAAGGCCAGUUCCAGGCGCACCUCGAGGAGCAACUGAUGCACAUGCACGAGAAAUUCCGCGUGGACUGCACUGAAUAUCAGAUGGUUAUUGAGCAGCUGGAGCGCGAGAGGAACGUGAUGGCUGACACCAUUGCAGAAAAGAUGAGAGAGCAUCAGCACCUCCUCCAGGUGAAGAUGGAUCUGGGCAUGGAGGUGGCUGCCUACAGAGCUCUUUUGGAAGGUGAGAGAGCGGGUCUGCAAGAUGCUCACAGGAGAGCGAAUCAACACCAAAGAGAAAGAGUAAUAGAAAUCAGGAUGCCUGCCCAGCCCUACACUCCACGAGCUUCCACCUUAACCACCAGACAACAUACUGACGUCAGGUAUACACCGCCAGCUUCAAACCUGAGAAGAUCCCCCGUGUUUCCUUCCGGGUCCAGGAGUCCCUCGAGGGUCAUUCCUAUUUCAGUUGCAGGCAGAGCUCGGCAUGAGAGUCCCGCAUCCAGAAGGGACAUGAUCUCAUUCACCAAAGCUCGGGCUUCUACUUCUGUCUCUGCCACCCCCACCACCGCCGCUGCUGCCGCUUCUGCCACUGCCAAAGAUGAACAAAUAAGCCAGAAAGGAAACCAAAUUGGACAAAAUGCGCAGAGAACAACAGGAGAAGACAAAACAGUGAAAAUCAAACAGGUCUCUCAGCAAGAGAACCAAGCCAAGCUCAUCAAGUCCUCCACUACUGACACAAAAUCAGUGAGAGUGGUGUCACCGCCAAUGAUGAGCCUGAGCACUGAAACUGAGACAGAAAGCGAAUGGAAAGUGUCAGAUGAAAAAGAGAAAGGCAAGGUCAAAGAGGAGGAGAAAACCGAGUCCAUGGGUGGCCCAAGUGAGAAAAAGAUUUUGGACUCGGUGUCUGUGGAGGAGAUCAUCGAGAAAGUGAUAAAACCCGCAGGCUUGGACGCUAAGGCUUGCUCCUCAGGAGAAUCGAAGGUAAGGUAUCACGUGGAGAAAACUGAGCUGGAGGACGGCACGACUAAGACACAGAUCGUGCUGGAGUCCAAAGUGGAGGAGGAGGUGGAUAUUUCUGAGGACACAGCACUGGAAGAGCUGCUGGGCCUAGGGGUCAAGAGGGUGUCACUGGAGGACAUCAAGGACACAGCAACGGGAAGCAUGAUUAAGAACCUGCUGAGUGGUCUGCAGGGACGCGAGGACCUGGAAAAUAAGUCUGUCAAUGUGGAAAUCAUCGAGGAACCGGUGGAGUCCUACAGUGAUGAGGAGAUUGAGGUUGAACAGGAGUCCAGAUCUACUUUUUAUCAGCCCUCCUCCUCAACAUAUUUCCAAAUUGAGGAGCUAGAAAACAUCCCCCAUGACGCCCAAAUUCAGAAGAGUGAUGGUGACGCCACGAAAACCUCCAUGACAGAUCCAGAUCAUAGCAAGGGCGGAUCUGUGAAAGUUCAAGAGGUUUCUAGAGAGGCUGAACCGACAUAUUUCUCCCAGGAUCAAGAGCCCGACGAGUAUUUUGUCUCCACACCGGAUGAUAAUCUUUCUGAAGCCGAGGAGGGUGGCGGCAUUACCUCAUACGGACAUUACGGAAUCUUAGAUGACCUGUCAGAUGAGAGGUAUUAUCAAGACGAAGCUCUUCCCCCAAGAAGAGUGAUUGUAGAGGAGAGUGAUGAUUACAAGUUCACGUCAGGUGAUCGCUCGUUUGUCAAAGAGAGCUUCCCCGAGUGUAUCAUUGAAGAAGAGGUUCGGGUCUCCCCCGUCGUGCAAGAGUCAGUCCUUGAGUUCCUGAGAGAGGACUCCCUGGAGCCCAAAGAGCAGCUGAAGGGAGCUCUAGAGAAGCUACAAAGCUCAGUGUCGGGUCCACUGAAGGAGGAGUUGGCUUUCCUCACCAAAGUCAGUCGUGAAAGUCCAGAGAAUGUGGCUGUUGAUAUCAAAAAAGUGCAACAGUCAAGUGACAAUGGCACCAUGACUAUAGUCGCAGAGCUAAAUGUGUCUCAAAGCCUGGAAGACUCUGGGCUGCUGGAGGCAGGAGAUGAUCUCUCCGAAGACCAGAUCAUGGCAGCUCUCCGAUCUUCUAACCUUGGGCUUGAGAAAGCCUUCCAGGGUGGAGCAGGAGGAUACAGUGUCCGAGUCUCCACAGAAGAAGAUGUUGCGUAUGGUAAAGAGUUUGAAGGUUUCACUAAAGAAGGAGAGUCGGUGUCUGAAAUCACUGAGAAACAUAUUAAAUUGGGGCCAUCUGAGAAGUCCUUCACCUUCCAGAUGGACACACAGGGCAGCCAUGCUGAGGCGGCCUCAGAGAAAGAGCGGCAAUCUCAGAUCUUGGAGACCCCGGUGAAGGUUUCUCAAGAGAAAAGAAUUGUUUACCUGGAAAGCCCGACAGAUGAUUAGGAAGUCAGUCAGAAAUAUUUUCAAACUUGCCAAUGUUACUUGUUGAGGUUUUUCUGAUGCAGCAGUCCACACUCAAACACACAUACACACACACACACACACACACACACACGGCAUUAAAGCUGUUUGCAGUUUUUGCAAGUUUUGCAGUAAAACAUUAGAUAUCUAAUUGAUUUUAGUGCGCUCUUUUACUAGCAUGUAACUUGGGAGUACUCACCUGCAACUCAUUCAGUUCAUCAGUCAGAAUAACCAAAUUAAUACAUAUUUUUGAUAAUUGUGGCAGUACUGCUAUUACAAAUACUGAAUGCUAACUAAUAUGGGCAACUUCAGUUGGAAUUAUAAAAUCUACAUAUUGUGGCAAAUUCUUAUUUUGUUCAGUACUGACGGAGCGCUGCGCUGGAAUGUUUUUAUGUUUUAUAUAGUUUGCUGUUUAUCUUCCAAGAGGUUUGUUUAUUCUCUCUAUAUUUCUCUAUUUUUCUACUAACCUGUGCUGUACAGCUUUAACAUCCCACUCUGCACGGCACCCGAUCACAUCACGACUGUGUCUGCCAUGUUGUUGAAUCUACUUGGUCUACAUUUAAGUCAAGUCAGCAUAUGAUAGUUAAGGGUCAUGAGGUGCUGUGCACUGUUUGCAGACUGGGGGCUUUUAGUUUUGACUUGCGCACCGCUGCCAAAUGGUAUGAUUUUAGUAUAUAUGCUGGAAACACAGUAGUUCAUUUUUCACAGUAGUCAGUGAAGUGCACAGAAUAUAGUUGAUCUGAGAAUGUUACAGUGGGACUAGAGAAGAAAAUAAUUGUCUUAAGAAAGUUUGAAAUGCUGAAAUCGAGGUGUAGUGCAAGUGAAUAUGAAAGAAAAAAGUGGUUGUUCAGUUACUAACAAUUUUAAGUAUUUGCAGUUAAUUUUUACUUUACUCACAACAAAAGUCACAUUACACAUUUUGAUUAAUCAGAAAAAAAAACUGUCCGUUACAUAACCAAAGCUGGAUUACAUGGUCAGUGUGAUUGCUGUGAAAAAGGUUUGUCUGUACAUGGAAUGUAACCAUCACUGUCAUAUAUUUUGUAAUUUCCUAACAUUUUGAUCUGAACAAGUGAUUGGGGAGCUGGGAAUUCAAAAUGAUGAAUUGUACCAUUAUGAACUUCAUAGAAUGACUGUCAAAGAUGAAAGAAUGAAAAGAAGUACCAGAAUCUUAACAAAUUAAAUGAUUCAUCAUUGAGAAAGACAUUAUCAUCACAUGUGGUUUUAAUGUACAGUAUGUCUUGACUGGACACCUUUUGCUCGUAGACAUAUGUUGGUUAUCACUGCGUUGGCUUGAAGGAUUCACCUUUGCUCUAACAUAAGGGUGUGCUCAUGACCGUGACUAUUUUUGGAUCAUCAGCUUAGUGGCACUGACUGUUUAUUUGAGUUUGUAGGGUUGUGUACUAGUAUCAGGCUCAGAAACGGUCCACUAUGAUUACAGUCUUGUUACAUGUUUCUCCACAUUGGCUGCAACGUUUACAUUUUCUGACUGUUGGGCGAUGACUACACUGCUUAGCUUUUUGACACUUUCAUUUAAAUGUGCAAUGUUUAGCAUGCCAAGCUUUUAUGAAUAUGUUCAAAACGCCCUGUUCCAUUAAGUGCCCAGAUUCAGCAUAUCCCCAUAAAAUGAGCUCAUCUGCAAAUGGUAACAAUUUAAAGUGGCAAGAGACAACUUUCCUGACCCCUAGUGUUUCCAAAUGGUCUUUUUGUUGGCGCUGAAAAAAAUUGAUAGUUUAAUCAGAGUUGCAAACAACAACACAUGACAAAACAUAACUUCAUUGAUCUGGAAAUAAGUAACUUAGAUUAGAUUAAGUAAAUGUUCCCUUUCCUGGGAGAGUUCAUGCCCGGUAGCAGAAAAAAAAUACAGUGACAGUGAAGCCUAAAGGGAACCAAUUUAAAUGCUGAUUGUUUAUUUGCUGUCACACUGCGCAUAAACCUUUAUUUCAUAAUUGUACAUUAAACAGAAAAUGUGUCUGUUGCCAGUUUAAACAAAACCAUAAUAUCAGUGCACUUAAAUUGUGGCUUAACAAGGAACUGUUGUUAGGAAGCAGUGUAAUCUAGAUACCAUGUGCCAUUUCACAGCAUGAGAAAUUCAGCAAACAGAAACUUCAUGGAUGUAUGAACAAUGUUUAAUGAGUCAAAUGAUUAUUACAUGUAGCCCAACAUCCUUACCUUUAUUGACAUAAGGAUUUCUGUUUAACAACUGGUCAUGCUUUGGUUUAAAAAGGUUCGAGCCCUCAUUUGGAAAUUGAUUUACAUCUUAACAUAAUUAAAACUUACUGUGAGAAUCUUU